AGUGUUUGUCUGGAGAGGAAAUGUUGCUUUUUGACAGAUGAGAGAAAUCCCCUUAGUGCUGGCUGUGGGAAGAGAGAAGUGAAGUCAGUCACCUGGUGGCGAAGGCCAGUAGCACAGCGAAGCGGGAGGAAGAUCGCGUUCUGCUCCUUUCUCUCCUCGCCCUGUAGGAUCCUCCUCCUCCGAGUCUCUCAACUCUUUUGGCGUAACCUUCAAAGGAGAACGUUCCCUUCAGACUUUAUUAUCGCCUUUUCCCUACCGAGAGAGCACCUCUCAGCUGCAAGACAUUUUUUUCUUUUCUCCCCUUUCCCCCCUUUCUUUUUAAGUGCAUGCAGGACUUCGGGGAUUCGGCUGUUUUGCUGGGGAAAUUGAUCACCGCUAUGUCUGGGGCUCACAGCGAGCUCAGUUAGCUCCCGAGUCAGCCUGCCGGAGAGGGAGGAAGGCUCUAUCAUUCACUCUUCUCUCCACUUCCAACACAUUUGCCUGGAAUUUGCCGCAUGAUGCUGUCCAGGGAAGCAGCUUUUUUCCUUGGGUUGCAGCAAUUCGCUGGUUUCUAAGCUUAUUGCAGAAGAAGAAAUAAUCUUGAAUAGAGGGGAUCCCCCCCCCACCCCUCUGCUCGAUUUGCCCGAGCUGGGCUGCACCGCGGUAACGCGAUCACCUGUCACUAAAUCAGCGAGGAAGUAAAACAAAGUGAAUUGUCAUCGUUAUUUAUCUAUUUAUAUUAUUUUCUAACCGGCGGAGGCGGCGUGACCACGGAGAAUGAGACUGAGAGCAGCUGCCGGGAUCUGGAGGAGGAUAAAGCUGAGUUUCGGCUGGAAACCAAAACCCUAGAUCGCUUUUCGGUGCAACUUGCCCGGGUCCCCCGCCCUCCUCCAGGCUCGCCCGAUGGACAGCUCACCCGACCUGGACAUCGAGGAGCUCAAGUUCAGCUUCAUUGAGAGUGUCCUGGAAGCUUGUAUAUGUGGAAAUAGAAUGCAAUAUGACAAGAGAACAGUAUAUUUUAGCAACACAACAGAACCACCUGCCGAGAACGGAAACUGCACAGCUGUACCCAGUGGGGAUUUAUGGAUGGCGAAAGAGGUGCUUAUACUUCUUUGUCCUUCUGCUGUUGGUUACCAUGAUAGUUAACUUAGCCAUGACAAUAUGGAUAUUGAAAGUUAUGAAUUUCACUGUGGAUGGUAUGGGAAAUCUGAGAGUCACCAAGAAAGGAAUCCGACUUGAAGGUAUAUCUGAAUUUCUACUUCCAUUGUAUGUGAAAGAAAUUCAUUCCCGAAAGGACAGUCCACUGGUCUUGCAGUCUGACAGGAAUGUAACAGUGAACGCAAGAAAUCACAUGGGCCAGCUCACGGGCCAGCUGACAGUGGGAGCAGACGCUGUGGAAGCUCAGUGUAAAAGGUUUGAAGUGAGGGCCCGUGAAGACGGCAGAGUGCUGUUUUCCGCAGAUGAAGAUGCGAUUACCAUCGGGGCGGAAAAGCUGAAGGUUACAGGCACUGAGGGAGCCGUGUUUGGGCGAUCGGUGGAGACACCUCACAUCAGAGCAGAACCGUCCCAGGACCUCAGGCUUGAAUCACCAACCAGAUCUUUGAUUAUGGAAGCUCCUCGUGGAGUCCAGGUGAGCGCUGCUGCAGGUGACUUCAAGGCUACCUGCCGGAAGGAACUACAUUUACAGUCUACAGAAGGGGAGAUAUUCCUAAAUGCAGAUAAAAUCCGGCUGGGAAAUCUACCAACUGGCUCCUUUUCAUCUUCUUCAUCAAGCUCCUCAAAUUCUCGACAGACAGUGUACGAACUAUGUGUCUGCCCCAAUGGCAAACUUUACCUUUCUCCAGCAGGAGUGGGUUCCACCUGUCAGUCCAGUAGCACCAUCUGCUUGUGGAGCUGAAGUGACUGAUUUCUCCUCACACCAGAAAAGCCUUUUGUUCCUGUUCGUCUGCUUCACAGUUCUGCUCGGUUUCCCUUGUGAUCAGUCCAGAGCUUCUUCAAAUGGUCCACAGAGCAACUUCUUCCACUACAAGCAGGAAUUCGCCUCCAACUUCUCUUGCGAUUUACUGAACUGCUAUACGUACUUGUAAAUGGAAAAGUCAUCUUCAGCCGGAAAAUGGAUCAUAACUUUUGCUCAAAAGGGAGAAUUAACAUAGGUGCCUUUGCUACAUGAAGUGAAGCACACAGUUUUAGACUUUUGCAGAACCUGGAUGUGAACUGCACAUAUAUACAUUACAUAGAUGAAAUUCCCAGUAUCCAAUGGCGAGAUGAGAUGGUUAACCCUGUAAGAAAACAAAUUCUACAGUCCGAAAGCACAAUUUUCCAUUCAUAUUUUUGGAUGUAAACUUUUAUCCCCGAAUUUUAAAUUUUUGAAGCAUUAUGUAAUGCUUGCUUUACUAAAAAUUAAAUUCAAUACCAGUUUUUAACAAAAACAAAACAAAACAAGAUACAAUCCCUUCUUGAGUUUGAUUUGUUUCUUUAAAUUCAAUGUGUUGUUACUCUUUGUCUACUAAGUCUAGAAUUUUGUACAUUAGGUAGUUUUGAAAGCACUCAGCAAUAUAAUCUUUACAUAAUUAACACAAUGCCAUAAUACUGUCAUUUGUCAGAUCUGGAUGGCCUUAUAUCAUAUUUACUUGGCUAUUGCAUGUAACAUAUUUGCUUUUUUCACAAAACAUUUGAUUUAUUGGAGUAAGGUAGGAUUAAGAGGCACAUCACUGAUGGUGUGGAAUCCAGAGAAUUCACAUACUAUCACUUACAUUUAAAUUUUAGUAGAACAACUUGUUUGUUCCAUCCAUUUUAUAAUUGAUCUUGACUGAAAACAUUCAAGCAACCUUUAAAUAAAUUUUUAUGCAAUGCAUAAUGCUGAGAAUGGAUUCACUUUCCAUUGGGAUAUCAUCUUAAACGUUACUGCCCAUUACUUUACAUUGAAAGCUAAGAUUUAAAGAAGGUUAGAUUUAAAUAUUCCUGACUAAACAGUAAGAAUGAAAAAUGUUAAAAUAUCUUUAAAGUGUGUUUACUUCAUCUGAUUAAUUCUGUAAGGAAUUUAGUCACACUUCUCUUCAACUGCUAACACUUAGUCACUUUUAGAAAGUAUUAUGCUAUCCUAAUAAGAGAUCACAGUUCCUUCCAAUCACCACUACUUAUUUGUGUAAAAUAACUCCUAAUAAAUAACUACAAAAUACUGUAGAUUCAUUUAUCAUACCACUCCUCAACUCAAAUUCUUGAAACCUACGCAAUAUAAAAGUGUAUAUUUAUUUUAAAUAUUUCCUAUUAUAGGAAGAUAACUUGAUUACACUAAGGUAAGUCCUUAAUUUUCACCUGUCAAGCAAUAUUUUUCCUCAUAUGUAUACUAUUAGCAGAUGUGUAGAAAUUUCAUUUUGGGAGUACUUGGCCACCAGAGUUUUGAAGUUCAGGUCCCCACAGCUCAGAGUAAAGUAGGAGAUUGAAACCUUUGAAGUGGUUUUGCUAAUGAAAGUGGGAGAAAUGUGAAUUUAGCAGAAAAGUGAACCAUUAUCUAGAGUUUUUCAGAUUGGAAAAGGACGGUUUCAAUGAAUGAAUCCUGAAUUUAAGAGAGGAGUCCUAAAGCUACUUCAUUUUUAUUAUUCUUAAAAUAGCACUUGGCUUGUGUUUUGAGGCUACGAUGCAGAUUUUGAAUAAAUUUGGAAGAAACUUUCAGAUGUAUAAUUGACUAAAACCUUACAUCAUAAUAUGAAAUUUAAUUUAUCCAUAUUCAAAUAUUAGAAUUUAAAAUGAGAAAUUCAUACACUAAUCCUUGCACCUAUGCAAAGCAUAAUAAAAGAGAUUUUGAGAAAUCGUGGGUGCUAAUCAUUACAUUGCGUUAAGGAAAACAAUUUGCAUUAAUGGAAAAUAUAUCCAAGCUCUAUAAUCCUAAGUUAAAACAAUUAGAAAGUUUCUUAAAGGGGAACCAUUACCUUGAUUAGAAAUACAUUCUUUUUCAUUGUUAUUUUAGUUAUUAAUUGGGUUGGACGGGAAAUCUGAGAUGGUUCUCUGGCUUUGGUUUACUCAACAUUGUAUAAAAAUUUUUGAAUCAAAUGUCCCCUUGAGGUUCCUUCGGGCUCUCACAUGUUUUGAUUCCAAGAAUGAAAACUAUAGACUGUAGAAGGGAGCACUGGAUACUUGAAUUAUUUAUCACACGAGGUGAAGGCAUGAAAAGAGUAAAAAGAAAAACAAAUUGUAUUGACAGAUUUUCAAUUCAUAUAUAGUCUGGAAAAUGUAGACAAAAUUCAGAAGUAGCAUAAAAACUUCAAGAUUUGGACAAGCAUAUCUAAAUGGUAUAAACAUCUGCUCAAAUUAAUAAUAAAAGAAUGAUACACAGACUUCCCUAUUCAUCACUAAAUCACUGAUUGGAACUACUUGGCUGACUCUCUUAGAUUCCUCAGAAUGAAGCAUAGACUCCGUCUCAGAUUUCAGGAUUCUACUGAAAGCUUCUGAGAUUGAUUCUAGAAGUCCUUGAUUUCCUUAUUAAACACGACAUUGGUUCUUUCAUGAUUUGUAGGUCCCUGAAUUUCAAUCUAUUCAAACAGAUUUGUUGACUGUUUUCCUAGAAUAUUUUUUACACCUGAACAUAUAUAAACAUAAUUUAAUACAUUUUACAAAAGAAUGGAAAAUUUUCUGUUCCCUAAAUUACACUUAGAAAAACUAUUCAUUUAAAGUGUACUAUAUGGAUCAUAGUCAGCUAUCUUUUUAUUUGCACCUUCAGUUUCGAAGGAAGAAAAAAGGGUAGAAGGAAGUUAGGGAGUUGGUAGUGUUCCUGACGUUUAAUUCUUUGCCAGAAAUAGAUAAAACAAGAGGCAUUUGAGUGCAGUUUGGAAUAGGGGGUUAAAAAGAGAGAGAGAUAAAGGGAACUCAUCUUUUUUUUCUUUUAGAGUAUUUCAAUAAAACAUUUCAGAAAAUAAAAAUGUUCCAAUGUUCCUGGUUUGUUUCUAACGUUUAUACAGUUCUAUUAUUUUCUUAUUUUACCACAAGCUAUAAGUUUCAUAACCUAGUAGAUAAUCAGGUCAGAAUAUUAGACAAUUAAACACUUCACAUUUACUACAAUUUGAAGAACUUACAUUUUCUGAACCUACAUUUUCUUAAAAGGGAGCCAGGAUUUUUAUUUCCAGUUCAACUUCCUUAAGAAAUAUAUUUAAUUAUCUUUUGCAUAUGUAACUGUAAGAGAGAUACAUUAAGCUAGAAGUUUAGUUGGGUCACAUUCAUUUGUAAAUCUGAGUAAUUCACUUAAGCAAAAUUCAGAUAUAUGUAAUUCAAUAGUCUCAUCUGAACUAGUAUUUACCAUUUUCUUUAGUAUUUUUAAAGCUACUUAUAUAUGUGGCAGUACAAAUCUUUCCAAUAUCCUAGUGUGUCCCUUUUUCUGUUCCUUCUUUUGCUAUACUUAAAUAUUAAGAUAACUUUGGGGACCUCAUGCAUGAUUGACAGGCUUCAGUAUUAUGUUUGAUGUUAAAAAGGGAAAAAUAUAUUUGGAGCUCAUUCAAAAUAACUGUUUAGGAAAUUUAUACACAUAGUUACCAAAUUUAAUCUUUCUGUUGACUUUUCUAUCAUUAUAGAAAAAUAAUUCUUCUUUUUGGAUAAAAGAUCUUUUCACCACUGAAUUCCUUUGCUCAACUUUUGUAGUGUCUUCUCACUGGAAACUACAUAUUCUACCAUAAGGACUCACUUGGGCAGUGUCUCCUUUUAUCAAGAUGAUAUUUAGGACCAAAAAAGGUCUUGGUGAAUUAUAUCAUUAUAAAUCUGAUAACACUGUACCAGGUAGCAAUAGUCUAGAAAGUGAUGCAUAUAAGCAUUUUCAUUUAUAGAAAAUAUUGGCCAUAUCAUAAUAGUAAAUUAUUAAAAUAGCAGCAGGUAUUUAUUGGGAAAAUUAUCUACAAAUAUCAAAGCCAAACUAACCAUUGAAUUUUAUACAAGUGAAAUCUUCUCACGUUUUUACUUGCCACAGCUUUGGUCUAAUUAGUAUUGCUCAUGUGGCCAUAUUUAAAGAUACAUGGAUAAAUUACUUGUUGUAUGUACUACUACAUAUUAUACUUAUGAGUGUUGCAAAAAUAACAUUAACAUAGAGUUAAUUAAGAUUGCAUUUAAAUUUCUUUAAACAACUUUAAAUUAAUUCCUAUUAUUUUAAACCACAGUUCAUUAGUUAUUUAAGUGUCAAAGACCAAAGACUGGAAUUUCUAUUGUAUUCAGCUCUACAACAUCGCUACUUCAACUGAUCCAUUUGGAGGCUUAUAACUAUAACGUGAAGUAGUACACAUACUCCUGGCAGGAUUCAGAGCUGUAGCCAUUAAGUUGACGAUUUUGCCAUAGAAGGAAAACUUUGUUACAGUGGUUCACUUAUCUUUUAUACAUGCAUAAGGAAUCCUCAAUGUUCAUAAACCCAGUGUCUACAGACUAUAUCCCAAAAUGGACUCAGGAUAGACUAACUCAGCUGAGUUUAAACUUUCAUUGCUUGCUAUAAAUUCUUUGAAAAAUAUAAUUAAUUUGAAAUACUUUUAGAACAAGAGGGCUAUUUUUUUAAGUGCUAAUUAAUGCGGCUCCACUCUUUGCAAAAGUUAUUAAAAAACAUUAAAGGGAUGAAAUAUAAUAAAAUAUAUUUUUCUUUUUUUCAGUCUUAAUAUCUCAUUUAUUUGAGUAUUUAUAAAUAAAAGCCAAACAGGGUUAAAGAUGUACAAGGAUAUUCGCUACCAUUGGAAACAUGUAAUUUGGAGUUUGAGCAAUUCUUUAUUUAUAUAGUUCUUUAAAUCAGGUCCACUAUUCAUUUAUUUUGUUUUGUAACUUUCAUGUAAAUGUUUUCUUGUAUAUAAGAUAUAUGAAAAAUGGAACUAUUUUCUUACACAUACUAUGCAAUAUGUUUGUAAAAUUGCAAUAUUACCAAAAUUACAAAAGCUGUGCUUUUGUACUUUAUCUUGCUUUAUGUAAAAUCAAUCUUUUUCUAUUUAAAUGGACUGUCUAUAAAGUGUAGAUAACAUAUCUAUUCAAAAAUCAGUCUAUUGUAUCUUUUGUUUAGUUUGGGACAGAUAGGGGUGUAUUUCAUUUGGGUGAAACUACAGCAAAGUUUUGGCAGUUGGAAAUUUUUAUUUUCCUCAAAAAUGAGGUACUUUGAAGCAUGCAAUGAGCUCAUAUCACUUAAUAUUUCCCCUGUAAUUCUUGUAUUUUGUCCUGAUUUUGGUGCUACUGUGUAACCAUGAUUAAAUGUGAUAGUCAAAACAAGAGAAUCAAAACUCA